CUUAUCAGUGUCUUUUGUUACUUAUCCCCACCCCUUAUUCUCCUGCAACCUGUUUUCACGUUCUUGUGCCCAAGCUCAGUGCAGUCACCAUGCCUUCUGGUAUAACCGUGCGUCUCCUCAAGGAAGAAAACUCCUCUUCUGGGGUUGUUGUCAGUCCAUAUCUAGGGCAGGAUUACCACAAACUUGUCCAGGAAUGUCUGCAGCAAGGGCGACUGUUUGAGGAUCCCCACUUCCCUGCAGAUGCAAAAUCAUUGGGGUACAAUGAGCUGGGACCCUGGUCUGCAGUAACCAGAGGAAUUCAAUGGAAAAGACCACAGGAGAUCUGCCAGUCUCCUAAAUUCAUCACUGAAAACAUGAAGUGGACAGAUGUGUGCCAGGGACAACUUGGUAACUGCUGGUUUCUUGCUGCUGCUGCCUCCCUGACCCAGUACCCAUUACUUAUGGCACGUGUUGUUCCCCCCCAGCAGGGUUUUAAGGACCGUUAUGUUGGAAUAUUCCAUUUUCAGUUCUGGCAGUAUGGAGAAUGGGUGGACGUAGUGGUUGAUGACAGAUUGCCAGUGAAAAAUGGGCAGUUGGUUUUUGUCAGCUCUGCACAGGAAAGUGAAUUUUGGGCUGCUCUUCUUGAAAAAGCAUAUGCAAAGUUAAAUGGAUCCUAUGAAGCUCUAAAUGGGGGGUUUAUGAAUGAAGCAUUUGUGGAUUUCACUGGUGGAUUGGAUGAGACUGUGGAUCUCAAGGUUCCUCCACCAAAUCUCUACCAUCUGAUUGAGAAGGCAGUGAAGAAAAGAUCACUUAUGGGAGCCUCCAUCCAGAUUCAGAGCCAAUAUGAGAGAGAGUUGACAACCCCAGAAGGACUAGUAAAAGGACACGCAUAUUCUAUCAUAGCAACUUGGAAGAUGGAACAAAAUGGGCGAACUAUUCAUCUGCUACGCCUGAGAAAUCCAUGGGGUAAAGUAGAGUGGAACGGACGCUGGAGUGAUAACUCCCCCUUGUGGUCACAAGUUACCUUUGAACUCAGAGAAAAAAUGCAGGUCAGAGGUGAAGAUGGAGAAUUCUGGAUGCAGAUGGAAGACUUUCUACGUUUUUUUGAUAUUCUGGAGGUUUGCAACCUUACACCAGAGUCAAUGAAGGACAAAUGUGCUCAUUUGUGGAAUACAAACACCUUCUCUGGGAGAUGGAUGAUGGGCCACAAUGCUGGAGGGUGCCGAAAUUACAGAGCUACUUUCUGGACCAACCCACAGUACAUAGUAACUCUAACAGAGGAAGAUGAAGAUUCCAGUGAUGGGUGUACGUUACUGGUUUCCCUCAUGCAGAAGAACAGACGCCAGUAUAGAUCCAGAGGACAGGACUUUCUGGUUGUGGGGUUUGAGAUCUACCAGGUUCCAAAAGAGUUUGACAAUAUGAUGCUUGUGUCAGAAAGGAUGAACUUAUUCUCAAUGCUUGUACCUGUUGUUCUGAGUCCAUUUGUGGCCAAGCGAGACGUUACUGAACGGUACCAGCUGCCUCCUGGACGAUACCUGCUAAUCCCAAGCACAUUCCAACCCCAUCAGGAAUCUGAUUUCAUCUUAAGGGUCUUCACAGAAAAGCAGCACACACUCAUGGAAAUUGAUUAUGAGAUCAGAGCAAAUGUGAAUGUGUUUCAGGAAAAAGAGCUCCAGGGCACCAUGGAGGAAUUCCAGGCCCACUUUACAAGACUGUCCGGGCAGGACAGAGAAAUCAGCCCUGAAGAAUUACAACGUAUUCUGGUACAAACAACAUCCAAACAUACCCACCUGAAGAUGGACGGAUUCCCUCUGGAUACCUGCAGACUACUAAUAAAAAUUACAGAUCACAACGGAAAUGGGAAGCUGCAACUAGAGGAGUUUAGGCAACUGUGGUUCAAGAUCAAGGAGUGGGAGAAAAUAUUCACAAAAUAUGAUAAAGACAGGUCAGGAACAAUGGAUGUUCAGGAACUGCGUCUAGCACUGGAAGCGGCUGGAUUUACACUGAACAACCAACUGGUAGAAUCUCUGUGCCAGAAAUAUGGUGAUGAUGUAAGGCAGGUGGAUUUUGAUAGUUUUCUUUCCUGCUUGGCAUACCUCGUCUGUGUUUUUGGACAAUGCCAGAAUAUGGACCAAAACAAAGAUGGUGUAAUCAGUAUCUCCAAACAACAGUGGCUACAGCUUUUACAUUUCAAUUGAAGGGAAAAGCUUCCAUUUUGCAAUACUGCAAGCAAAUCUCUGAUGUUUACUGAAGGCAAAAGCAUCAUUUGUUGAUGGAGAAAAGCUUUGAAUUUAUUUUGUUUGCUUAAUAUUUGUGCUGUUUUGUUUUGUAUCAUUAGGAAAAUAAUUAGGAAAAUAGUUAUAAAAAUUUAGGAAAAUAAGUGUAAUUAUUAAUUUAGCUGAAAUAAAAAUUGCAUUUUUCCUUGGGCUUCAAA